CAGCUGAUUAUUCUCGUUAGGCAUGGAGAGAGCGAAGGUAACUGUGACAAGUCAGUUAACCGACACAUACCUAAUCAUAAGAUUGCGCUUACUCCUAGGGGACACGCGCAGGCUAAGCAGGCUGGUUUGGAGCUGAGAUCUGUGCUGAAGGAGGAUGACUCUGUGCUGUUCUAUACGUCGCCGUAUCUGCGUACAAGACAAACCCUUGAUGGUCUGAUUAGCGGGCUGGAGGGAUGUGACGUUGACUAUAAGGUGCAUGAGGAGCCACGGAUGAGGGAGCAAGAUUUCGGCAAUUUCCAGGCCAGCAGUGAUGAGAUGGAGAAGAUAUGGACGGAGCGGGCUCACUAUGGGCACUUCUUCUAUCGGAUUCCGUUUGGAGAGAGUGCUGCAGACGUCUACGACAGAUGCGCAGGGUUCAACGAGACUCUCUUCAGGCAAUUCCAAAGCGACAAGUUCCCCAGCGUGUUGGUUCUCGUGACACACGGGAUCUGGGCGAGGGUGUUCCUCAUGAAGUGGUACAGGUGGACCUAUGAGGAGUUUGAGUCGUUGAAGAACGUGCCGCAUUGCCAGCUGAUCACCAUGGAACGACCUCCUGACACGCACAAGUUCACGCUGAAGACCACUUUGCACAAGUGGGAGGAGGACGACGAUGAC